AUACAUUUCAAAUAUUACAGUAUAUCGAUGAUCGAUCAAUCCAUCAAUUUGGUUAGUUUGAUCGGAAUAAUUUGCCACAUAAACGCUGUGUAAAGUGGUGGUGAGAAAAAAAAUUGCUGAUCAAAAAACAGCAAUAUUUUUCAAUACACCGAUCAAGAUAUGGUAUAAUUGAAACGAUUUUUUUUAUCAGGAAUUGGAUCAAAUUACUCUUCACAGGUUCGAAUUUUUUCUGACUGAUCAAAAAAAAAAAAAAAAAAAACUCAUCAAUAUCAAGACAAUCAAACAUCAUCAAAAAGUUCGACUUUGUUUUGGUAACCAUCCGGUGUUCUUCCUCAUUUACGAUUAGCGAAAAUAUUACGAAAACAAUUUCAAUAUGUCAUUCAUAUAUCGAUCAGUGAUACGUAAAAUAGAUCCAUUGGUUCCUAUAAAAUUACGUCCAAUUUGGGAACAUGAUGCUGGCCCGAAAACUGUAUUUUUUUGGUCACCAGUCAUCAAAUGGGGUCUUGUAAUCGCUGGAAUAUCUGAUUUAUCAAGGCCAGUAGAAAAUCUUUCAGCUCGCCAAACAGCAUCGUUGGCAGCUACUGGUUUGAUUUGGUCCAGAUAUUCAUUGGUGAUUAUUCCGAAAAAUUGGGGCCUUUUUUCAGUUAAUUUUUUUGUCGCUGCCACCAAUAUCGCACAAUUGGGACGUAUCUAUUUCCAUAAUGACCGUAAAUCUAUCAAAGAUUCUCAAUUAUAAAAUUGAAAAAAAUAAUAAUUAAUGUAACCAAAAAAAAAAACCAUUCCAAUGCAGAAUAUAUUGUUUCAAAUAAGAAAAAAAAAUUCUCAUGCAAUAAAUAAAAAAAAUGUUAAUACACGAUAAGUAAAUCAACAUCAUCAUUGGUUAUAACAACACACACACAUUAUUAGGAUUUGUAGUGGCACGUAAAUCAAUCAGAAAACAAGUUUAAUCGUUCUUCUAUAGAAAAUCAAAUUUCAAUUCAAAACGAAUGAUGAUGCUGUUGCAUGCACAUACACAUAUUUAGACAGUAAUCGUCUCAAUGUUUCUAAAUAGCUUUUCUAACUGUCAUUGUGCAUAUUCAAAUUAAAAAUAGCGCCGUAAAGCUUACA